CCUAUUCUCACUCAACACUCGCACUGAAGAAUGAGAUCCUUAAAGCACCUGAAACCUCACAGCAGGAGGAGUGUGGAGGAGGCGAGCCGGCGCCUGGGUAGAUGUGAGCCCAAGGUAAUGGCCAGGCUGGUGGACAUAAGCACACAGACAGAUCCUGUAGUCGUGCUGUCCUUGGCCCAGGCCGCCGUGCUAGGUCUCAUCUCCCAGAAUGAAGUGUUUGGAGCUACCAUUGCACCCAACGGCUUCUAUACAGGUGAACCCAAAGAGUCCCCUGCACCCCCAGUAGACGGAGUUGACUACGAGUACGCGGACCAGCUUAUUGGAGCCAACGGAGAUUACCUAGGAGACAACUUGGGAGAAGACGGUCAGAUGCAACCCAGCUGCAGUCAGAGGAGGUGGCAACAGGGGCUGCCUCAACAUCAGGAUGAAAAAAUGGUUGUCCCAGACCGUCAUGGUCUUCAGGGCACUAUUGUGCCCUCUUCCCAUGUGAAGGGGGAAGGGGUGACCUCUGGAAUGUCCUCCUGUGUCCACAUGUUGAACAAUAUGGCUCCCCGAGGUGGUUUAGUUCAAGUUGAUCCGGCCACCCUCAGAGGCACCAAUAAGAACUGUGCAGAGUGUGAGCGGGAAGUAACUAACCAGCAGCAGGCUAGCACACACGGCCAUCCUCCUCCGGCCCAGGUGGCCCACAGAGGAGCAGAGCAGGGCCACAGAGGACUUCAGGGCCAGCGCUCUAUGGGGGGUCACAGUCAAGGUGGCAGAGAAGAUGAAGAGGAUGUAGAAAACAGGGGCAACUCCAUGAUGAAGCCCACACAGCAGGAGGAAGCCAUCAGCAGCUACUUCCAGACUAGCGAGGUGGGCAGCUAUGAUUCAGCAGAAAUGGCCAUGGGUGGCGAGUAUGAAGACGGCAGCCAGAGCAUGAUGUGGACAGAUGGGGGCGGCGGAGCACAGCACCAGCAACCUCCACACCCCCAGCCACCUCGUCGUCAUGGCGGCCGCAGGGUAGACCGGCUAGAUAUCAACAUCCAGAUUGAUGAAUCUUACUGCGUAGAUGUUGGAGAUGGAUUGAAGCGCUGGAAGUGCCGCAUGUGUGAUAAAUCUUACACUUCUAAGUACAACCUGGUCACACACAUCCUGGGCCACAACGGCAUCAAACCACAUGCCUGCCCACACUGCGGGAAGCUCUUCAAGCAGCCCAGUCAUCUUCAAACCCAUUUGCUAACCCACCAAGGUACGCGGCCCCACAAGUGCACCGUCUGCAAGAAGGGCUUCACCCAGACCAGCCACCUGAAGCGACACAUGCUCCAACACACCGACGUCAAGCCCUACAGCUGCCGCUUCUGUCGCCGUGGCUUCGCCUAUCCCAGCGAACUGCGAGCGCACGAAGUGAAGCACGAGCGAGGACGCUGUCAUGUCUGCUCGCAGUGCGGCAUGGAGUUUCCCACCUAUGCCCACCUCAAACGACACCAGACCAGCCACCAAGGACCCCACACCUUCCAGUGCACAGAGUGUAACAAGUCUUUUGCCUACCGUAGCCAGCUUCAGAACCACCUCCUGAAGCACCAGAGCCCAAGGCCUUACACCUGCUCCCAGUGUGGCCUGGAGUUUGUGCAGCUCCACCACCUACGUCAGCACUCGCUAACUCAUAAGGGGAUGAAAGGCCACAAGUGUGAAGUGUGCUCUCGAGAGUUUACGCUGUCUGCCAACCUGAAGAGGCAUAUGCUCAUCCACAACAGCGUCAGACCGUUCCAGUGUCAUGUCUGCUUCAAGAGUUUCAUACAGAAGCAGACCCUUAAGACCCACAUGAUUGUCCACCUGCCUGUGAAGCCAUUCAAAUGCAAGGUAUGUGGCAAGUCUUUUAACAGAAUGUACAACCUCCUGGGCCACAUGCACCUCCAUGCUGGCAGUAAGCCAUUUAAGUGUCCUUACUGCACCAGUAAGUUCAACCUGAAGGGCAACCUCAGCAGACACAUGAAGGUCAAGCACGGAAUGGACGUCUCACCAGAAGGACAAGAAGUUCUUCCAGAAAUGGAAAGCCAGGGGGAGUAUGAAGGCCAGAACUUCAGCUUUACAUCACCAGACAACAUGGACAAUGGUAGCUCCCAAAACCUCACUAAACUCACUACAGCAAACAUGGAGGACAUGGAGGAGUAUUACAAUUUUGGGAAGGAUACAAGCAGCUACACUACACCAUGAGUGUUAAUGGACCACAGAAGAUGGGUUUCUUUUUUUUUUUCUUCUUGUGAAGACUGAAGAAAAAUGAAAGAGUAGUUGUGGAAUCUUUGGGGGAACUCUGGGAAAAUGGUUUUCUUUUAGUUUUGGCCUCCUUCCAUAAGAGCCAGAUCUGAGGGACAAUGAUAGGAGGCCAGAAAGGAGGAGCACUUCAAAGGAGACGUUUCAACUCUGCUGCCUAUCGCAGAGACGCUGUUCACGCUGUCCAGUGCUCCUUCUACGAGAAUACUACACUUACAGACUCAAAGACUUUCACUGAUGAACAGUCAAAUUGUAUGUUGUGUGUAUGUAUCAGUUAUUUGACAAAAAAAGAAAAAAUGUUGCAGUUGCAGAAUAAAGGUUGUUACAUACUCCGCGAGGAGCGAGAACUUUUUUCUUCUUGUGGCCUCGAAAACAAGAACAAAGUUCUUGCUUCUCGUGGAGUAUGUAACAAGCUUUAUCAGUUACAUUUGAUGUGAUAGAAACUUAGUCUGGCACCUUGUUUUCAUUCACAACCUGUUAAUGCCCUUAUAUUUUUUACUCAAAGUGCCAGCUAGAAACAGAUUUCAACUAAGCUUCCACCUUGCCAGCUUUUUACUCACUAUAUAACAAAGUUUUGAUACAUGGUCACAGCAUAUCCAUUAGUCUGAAUGCUCAUAUUUAUCAUUCAUUCAUUUUCUGAACCGCUUAGUCCAUUAAGGAUCGCCAUUAAGCUGGAGCCUAUCCCAGCAUCACCAGUACAUUGCAGGGCCAACACAUAGGGGACAAACAACCAGUUUCUAAUUUUAGGUACCUGUUUCAGCCCAGAUGUUGGUGGUAAGUUUGAACAGGUUCCGCUUCCAGUGUAUUUGUUCCUUUUUUUUUUUUUUUCUUUUUCUUGCACAGGACACCAUAGCUUUUCUCUUUGGUAGGCACUUACUACCAAAGCUGCUACUGUCCCAUGUUAGCUAAAACCUGAAGACAUAAUUGCUGGCAUGUAAAGCCCUUUCACUGUACAAAUGAUUCUGCAACCCGCAGUGUGUUAACCACCAUUUUUGUUCCACACAAUUUAGCUUUUCAUUAACAAUCUAUCCCGUGCAGUGAAUAUACCGCUCUAGUUUUUGAAAUACUGAGUGAACAAUACAAGCACUUUUUCACUUAACUUUUCUUUUCCCCAUGAAGGCAGUUUUCAGUAGUAAAUUAAUUUGCCUCAAGGAGAGGAGCAGGGUAGGGAAUAAGAUUGUAGGAUUCUUCAAACCCCCAUGAUGGCAAUAUUAUUAAAUUCAAAUUUGUUUUCCUCUUAGGUUUUUUUUGUAAACUGCAGAUUACAUGAUAUAGAUAUUUCACAGUUGUCUGUUCAUAUAUGAGAUGAAGAAUGAGAAGUUUGUUUGGAGAAUCUAAAGUUAUGGACUCUCUUCGUUGUUUGUGGUUUCAGCACUCUUAAGUUCAGGGCUGGUUUCACUUCACUUUUAAUUUAGUUUUGCUUUUAUUUCAGAAAAGGGAAAAAAAUUAUCAACAUUGGAAAUAAGUAUACAUAUAUAUAUGUGUAUAUAUAUAUAUAUGUAUAUAUAUAUAUGUAUGUAUAUAUAUGUAUGUAUAUAUAUAUCUGUAAACUUAAAAAGACUAACAUAUAUAAUUUGGCAGUCCUGCUUAAUGAGAUUUGGAAUGAUUGGAUUGAAAGUGGACUGACACUAGUCCUGCUCCUCAGAUUCAUUUUUGGGGAAGACUCAGCUCCCCUUGUCCUGCCAUGCAGGUAAGCCUUGAUAUGCACACUAAAACCAGAAGAAUGGUCUACUAGUUUUUUUUUUUUUUUUUAGAUGAAAAAUAUUAAACUGGGACCUCAUGGAAAUUGACCAUGAAUUAUUUAAUAAAGGUUCUCUAGUUUAAAUGAUGAA